AUGUGUUCUGUGUGUGUGUGUGUGUUCACACGCGGCCAGUGUGCGGAAGUGGAGGUGGGACUGAGUGAGUGGGGCAGCUCCUCCCCGCACUUCCGCGUUGCCGCGGCCGCCGCUCCCGCACCGUGUGUGUGUGUGUGUGAGUGUGUUAGAGCGAGUGUGUGUUAGUGUGAGUGUGUGAGCCUGGCCGCUGGAGCGGGGCAGCCGAGGGCAGGGCGGGCAGUGGCGCCGGGCCCGGGCCAUGCGAGGAUGGAGAAGAUGUCCAGCUUCCUGCACAUCGGGGACAUCGUGUCACUGUACGCAGAGGGCACGGUCACCGGCUUCAUCAGCACCCUGGGGCUGGUGGAUGACAGGUGCGUGGUGCAGCCGGAAGCCGGAGACUUGACCAACCCGCCAAAGAAAUUCCGAGACUGCCUUUUCAAGGUGUGUCCCAUGAACCGUUACUCAGCACAGAAACAAUUCUGGAAAGCAAAACAAUCGAAGCAAGGGAACACAGAGGCCGCGCUGCUGAAAAAGUUGCAGCAAGCAGCUGAAUUGGAACAGAAGCAGAAUGAGGUGGAGAAGAGAAAGCUACUGGGCGAGGUUGUCAAGUACAGCAACGUCAUGCAGCUGCUGCACAUAAAAAGCAACAAGUACCUCACUGUCAACAAAAGACUGCCGGCACUCCUGGAAAAAAACGCCAUGCGGGUGUCCUUGGACUGUGCGGGGAACGAAGGCUCCUGGUUCUACAUCCAACCUUUCUGGAAGCUGAGAAGUGAAGGUGACAAUGUGGUUGUGGGCGACAAGGUGGUGCUGAACCCGGUGAAUGCCGGGCAGCCUCUACAUGCCAGCUGCCACGACCUACUGGACAACCCGGGCUGCAAGGAGGUGAACGCUGUGAACUGCAACACCAACUGGAAGGUCGCACUCUUUAUGAAGUACAGUGAUUACCGUGACGAUGUUCUUAAAGGGGGUGACGUGGUGAGGCUGUUCCACGCCGAGCAGGAGAAGUUCCUCACUUGUGACGAGUACAAGAAGAAGCAGCACAUCUUCUUGAGGACCACUCUACGCCAGUCAGCCACCUCAGCCACCAGCUCCAAGGCCCUCUGGGAAGUUGAGGUGGUGCAUCAUGACGCGUGUCGGGGCGGUGCAGGACAUUGGAAUAGUCUGCUACGAUUCAAGCAUCUCGCUACAGGGAACUACUUGGCAGCUGAGCAUAACCCCGAUUACCGAAACGACCAGUUGGAAUCAAAGGGAGUGUGCGAGAGGGACGGGCUCCCAGUCAAAAGCAAGCGGCAGCAGGUGGAGAAGUUUAUCUACACGCUGGUGUCCGUCCCCCACGGCAACGACAUCGCCUCCCUCUUUGAGCUGGACAGCACCACGCUCCAGAGGGCCGACUCCCUGGUGCCCAGGAACUCGUACGUUAGAUUGAGGCAUCUCUGCACCAAUACCUGGGUCACCAGCAGCAACAUCCCCAUCGACACGGAGGAAGAGCGGCCAGUUAUGCUCAAGAUUGGAACGUGCCCAACCAAGGAGGACAAGGAAGCCUUCGCCAUCGUGUCCGUGCCGCUGUCGGAAGUCCGAGACUUGGACUUUGCCAACGACGCCAGCAAGGUUCUGGUCGCCACGGUGCAGCGGCUCGAGAGCGGCACCAUCACGCAGAACGAGAGGAGGUUUGCGACGAAGCUUUUGGAAGACUUGGUUUUCUUUGUUGCGGACGUGCCCAAUAAUGGUCAGGAGGUCUUGGACGUGGUGAACACAAAGCCAAACAGGGAGAGGCAGAAGCUGAUGAGAGAGCAAAAUAUCUUGAAGCAGAUCUUCGGGAUAUUGAAGGCCCCCUUUAUGGAUAAAGGCGAAGGCCCAAUGCUCAGGCUGGAGGACCUCGGUGACCAGAGAUACAUUCCCUACCGAUACAUCCUGAGGCUGUGUUACCGUGUGCUCCGACACUCCCAGCAAGACUACAGGAAGAAUCAGGAGUAUAUUGCGAAGAUGUUUGGCAUCAUGCAGUCUCAGAUUGGAUACAACGUCCUGGCAGAAGACACCAUCACCGCCCUGCUCCACAACAACAGGAAGCUGCUGGAGAAACAUAUCACGGCCAAGGAGAUCGAGACCUUCGUCAGCCUGCUGCGGAGAAACCGGGAACCCAGGUUUCUGGAUUACUUGUCAGACCUGUGCGUAUCCAACAAGAUUGCCAUCCCCAUCACCCAGGAGCUCAUUUGCAAGUUUAUGUUGAACUCAUCCAACGCUGACAUUCUCAUUCAAACCAAGCUGCUGUCGAAUCGCGGGGACUUCAGCAUCGAGAGCCCGCUGCUGGAGGAGGACGGCGAGGAGGAUGAGGUUUGGUUGUACUGGAUAGACGGAGACAAGGAGCCUCACGGCAAGUCUAUCCGCCAGCUGGCUGAGGAGGCAAAGGAGGGCAACAAGGAAGAGACCGAUAUCCUCACCUACUACAGGUACCAGCUGAACCUCUUUGCCCGCAUGUGCCUUGAUCGUCAGUACCUGGCCAUUGACCAGAUCUCCACGCAGCUGGGGGUGGACCUCAUCCUGCGCUGCAUGUCCGACGAGGACCUGCCCUACGACCUGCGGGCUUCAUUCUGCCGCCUGAUGCUGCACAUGCACGUGGACCGAGACCCCCAGGAGUCGGUCACUCCGGUGAAGUACGCCCGGCUCUGGACGGAAAUCCCCACCAAGAUCACCAUCCACGAGUACGACUCGGUCACCAACAUGUCCCGCGACGACAAGAAGAACAAGUUUGCGCUGACCAUGGACUUUGUGGAGGAGUACCUGAAGGACGUGGUGUCUCAGCCGUUCCCCUUCGGAGACAAGGAGAAGAUCAAGCUGACGUUCGAGGUGGUGAAUUUGGCUCGCAACCUAAUAUACUUUGGGUUCUACAGCUUCAGCGAGCUUCUGCGGCUCAUUCGAACAUUGCUCGCCAUCCUGGACAGCGUUCAGAAUCCCACCUCCUCAUACUUGGAAAGGCUGAGCAGGUUUCAAGAAGGAGGCAACAACGUGAUCCGGACCAUCCACGGCGUGGGGGAGAUGAUGACCCAGAUGGUCCUGAGCCGAGGGUCCAUCUUGCCCGGCAUCCUGGGGGAUGGGCACGAGACCCCGGUGCGGAGCGGGCAGGCAAAGCAAGCGCCGACCACGGAGAACGAAGACGUGACCGUCAUGGACACCAAGCUGAAGAUCAUCGAGAUACUGCAGUUCAUCCUGAGCGUCAGACUGGAUUACCGCAUCUCCUACAUACUGUCCAUCUACAAGAAGGAGUUUGGGGAGACCAACUCCUCUGAUUCGGUGGCCGGCACAUCGACAGAAAGCGCAGUGCCAGACCUGGAGAUCAUCGGGGAACAGGCGGAGUCCAUGUUUGCAGGAAGCCAGGAGAAGAACUCGGUGGAACUGGACAUCGAGGGCGGUCGGACCUUCCUGCGAGUCCUCGUCCACCUGAUCAUGCACGACUACCCCCCCCUCGUCUCCGGCGCCCUCCAACUACUCUUCAAGCACUUCAGCCAAAGAGCCGAGCUCCUCCAGGCUUUCAAACAGGUGCAGCUGCUGGUUUCAUCCCAGGAUGUGGACAACUACAAGCAGAUCAAAGGCGACCUGGACCUGUUACGCCUGACGGUGGAGAAGUCGGAGCUGUGGGUGGAGAAGAAAGGCAGUUACGGCAGCAGCGAGAACCAGGCAGAAGGAGCCGAGGACAGCAAGGCCGAGGAUCCCGUGAUUCUGAGUCCCAUUCAAGAUGGCAUCAAGAAACCGCAGAUAGACAGCAACAGCAGUAACAACUACAAGAUUGUAAAGGAGAUCUUGCUCCGACUCAGCAAGCUCUGCGUACAGAACGUGAGGCGGUCGAGGAAUCAGCAGCAGCGCUUGCUGAAGAACAUGGGCGCUCACACCGCCGUGCUGGACCUGCUGCAGAUCCCCUACGAGAAGACAGAUACCAAGAUGAACGAGAUUAUGACCUUGGCCCACGGCUUUGUGCAGAAUUUCUGUGCGGGAAACGUCCAGAAUCAGGCCCUCCUCCACAAACAUCUCAACCUGUUCCUCACUCCUGGCCUGCAGGAGGCGGAAACGAUGCGACACAUCUUCCUGAGCAACUACCACCUGUGCAACGAGAUCAGCGAGAGGGUGGUGCAGCACUUUGUGCACUGCAUCGAGACGCACGGGCGCCAGGUCAUGUACCUCAAGUUCCUGCAUACCAUCAUCAAGGCCGAUGGGAAGUACGUCAAGAAGUGCCAAGACAUGGUGAUGACUGAGCUGGCGAAUGGGGGAGAAGACGUCCUGGUCUUCUACAAUGAUCGGGCCUCCUUCCCGCUGCUGCUACAAAUGAUGUCGUCGGAGCAGGAGCGCUGCGAUUUGAAUGGCGCCCUGAACUACCACAUCGCGCUGGUGGAGCUGCUGGCCGCGUGCACCGAGGGCAAGAACGUCUACACCGAAAUCAAAUGCAACUCCUUGCUGCCCCUGGACGACAUCGUGAGGGUGGUGACCCACGACGACUGCAUACCUGAGGUGAAGAUGGCGUACGUGAACUUUGUCAACCAUUGUUACGUGGACACAGAGGUGGAGAUGAAGGAGAUUUACACAAGCAACCACAUCUGGAACCUCUUUGAGAAUUUUAUCGUUGACAUGAACCGGGUGUGCAACUCCACGACGGACAGGAAGCACGCGGACACGGCGCUGGAGCGGUACGUGACCGAGGCCGUGACGAACAUCGUCAGCGGCUUCUUCAGCUCCCCCUUCUCCGACAACAGCACCAGUCUACAGACUCACCAGCCAAUAUUUAUUCAACUGCUUCAGUCUGCCUUUAGGAUUUAUAACUGCGCCUGGCCAACUCCGUCUCAGAAGUCUUCAGUGGAGUCUUGCAUCAAAACCCUGGCUGAAGUGGCUAAAAGUCGAGCUAUAGCGAUCCCCGUGGACCUGGACAGUCAAGUCAACACCUUGUUUUUGAAGACCCACUCCAAUAUGGUGCAGAGAGCAGUCAUCGGUUGGCGUAUGUCCACCCGCGGUGCACCUCGUUACCGCGAUGCCUCGGGGGCGCCCGGCUUGGACUACAGGAACAUCAUCGAGAAGUUACAGGAUAUCGUGUCGACUCUGGAGCACCAGUUCCAACCCAUGGUGCAUGCCGAGCUCUCGGUGUUGGUUGACGUUCUCCACAGCCCGGAGCUGCUCUUCCCCGAUGGCAGCGACACGCAGAUGAGAUGUGAGGGUGGAGCCUUCAUGAGCAAACUGAUCAAUCAUUCGAAAAUACUGAUGGAUAAAGAAGAGAAACUCUGCAUGAAAAUUCUUCAAACCCUGAGAGAGAUGCUCAACAGGAAAGACAACUUUGGGGAAAAGGGCACGGUAUUGAGGAAGAUUCUCCUGAAUCGCUACUUUGGGAAUCUCCGCAGCAUAUACAAAGCGGAUGGGCACGUCGGUGCCAUCAAUGCCCCUUUGGCUGCGGGGGGCUUCUCUAAGUCACCACAAACCGGAGGCAGUUCCUCCUCCGAUUCGGACAAGUGCGGCAUCUCUGUCUUCGAGAUUCAAUGUCACCUGGACAGGGAAGGGGCGUCGGAACUGGUCACGGACCUCAUCACCAACACCAAGAACAGCAGGAUCUUCGAGGAGAGCAUCGCGCUGGGCAUCGCCCUGCUGGAGGGCGGCAACACCCAGACCCAGAUCUCCUUUCACCGCCAGCUGAACGAGCUGAAGAAGUCCGAGAAGUUCUUCAAAGUCUUCUACGAUCGCAUGCAGGUGGCCCAGCAGGAGAUAAGGGCCACAGUGACAGUCAACACCAACGAUCUGAGCAGUAAGAAGGAAGAUGACUACGACCUUGUGCCACCCGUUCAAAGGAAGAGAGCGCGCGACCCAGCUGUGCUCAUGCAGGAGGGGGUGAAGGGACAGUUGGCGGAGGCCUCUACCGCCACCUGCAAAGCCUACUACAUGUACAGGAGGGAGAUGGACCCCGAGUCCGACCUCAUCCCGAUGGGGAACGAGUGCGUGGGCCUGGAGGACAAGUCCGGGGACGAGGACGUGAUGAGCCCACUGAUCACCAUCAUGGAGCCCAUCCUGCGCUUCCUCCAGCUGCUGUGUGAGAACCACAACCUGGAGCUUCAGAACUUCCUCCGGCACCAGAACAACAAGACUAACUACAACCUGGUGUGUGAGACGCUACAGUUCAUGGACUGUAUCUGCGGCAGCACCACGGGCGGGCUCGGCCUGCUGGGGUUGUACAUCAACAAAAAAAACGUCUCCCUCGUCAACCAGACCCUGGAGACGCUGACUGAAUAUUGCCAGGGGCCUUGUCACGAGAACCAGACCUGCAUCACCACCCACGAGUGUAACGGCAUUGAUAUCAUCAUCGCACUGAUCCUCAACGAAAUUAACCCUCUCAGCAAGUACCACAUGGAUCUGGUCCUGAAACUAAAGAACAAUGCAUCUAAGCUUUUACUUUCCAUUAUGGAAAGCCGACAUGACAGUGAGAACGCAGAGAGAAUUCUGUACAAUAUGCGACCAAAGGAACUGGUUGACGUGAUAAAGAUUGCUUACAACCAAAGCAUGGAGCUCAACGAUGAGAGUGUUUCAGACGACAAUAUCGCCCCAAAGGAUGUUGGUCAUAAUAUUUUCAUCUUGGCUCACCAGUUGUCGCAACACAACAAGCUGCUGCAGCAGAUGCUUAAACCGGGCUCUGAUCCACUGGACGAAGGUGGAGAAGCUGUAACGUAUUACGCUAAUCGCACGGCGCAGAUCGAGAUUGUGCGCCACGAUCGUUCCAUGGAGCAGAUCGUCUUCCCGGUGCCGAGCAUCUGUGGGUACCUGACCCACGAGUCCAAAUUUAAGGUCUUCAACAGCACGGAGAGGGAUGAGCAGGGCAGCAAAGUCAACGACUUCUUCCAACAAUCCCACAACCUCUACAAUGAGAUGAUUUGGCAGAAGAAGAUCAAAAACAACCCAGGCCUGUUUUGGUUCUCGAAGAACAUGUCGCUGUGGGGAAACAUUUCGUUCAACUUUGCCGUGUUUAUCAACCUGGCCGUUGCCCUGUUCUAUCCAUUUGGAGAUGAAGGUGAUGAGAGUACAAUCUUGCCCCUGUUCUCGCUGCUGCUCUGGAUAGUUCUCAUUGUUUGCACUGUCUUGCUUAUCCUCAUCCCCAAGCCUCAUGGAAUCCGACUAUUCACCGUGUCCGUGAUGUUCCGAUCCAUCUACACCAUCGGGCUGUGUCCGACUUUGAUGCUCCUGGGAGCUCUCAAUCUGUGCAAUAAAAUCGUGUUCUUGGUCAGUUUUGUGGGCAAUCGUGGAACCUUCACCCAGGGUUACAAGGCGGUUGUGAUGGAUGUACCCUUCUUGUACCACCUUCUCUAUGUGGUCGUCUGCAUAUUUGGUCUCUUUGUCCACGAGUUAUUUUACAGUUUCCUGCUGUUUGACCUGAUCCAGAGACAGGAAACGUUGCUGAAUGUAAUAAAGAGCGUGACCCGUAAUGGCCGCUCCAUUAUCCUGACCGCUGUGCUGGCUCUCAUCCUCGUCUACCUCUUCUCCAUCGUGGGCUUCCUCUUCCUGCAAGAUGACUUCAUCAUGGCGGUUGAACAACUGGAGAAGAACAAGUCCUCUCUCUCAGAGGGCCAAGAUAACACCAUGCUGGAACAGACAUGCGAUACUCUGCUAAGGUGCAUUGUCACCGUUCUCAACCAGGGGCUGCGGAAUGGAGGUGGUGUGGGUGACGUGCUGAGAAAGCCUUCAAAGAACGAGCCCCUCUUCUUUGCACGGGUGGUCUACGAUCUCCUGUUCUUCUUUGUUGUCAUCAUCAUCGUUCUGAACCUCAUCUUUGGGGUCAUCAUCGACACAUUCGCCGACCUGAGGAGCGAGAAGCAGAAGAAGGAGGAGGUCUUGAAGACAUCGUGCUUCAUCUGUGGGCUUGAACGAGACAAGUUUGACAACAAGACAGUGUCGUUUGAAGAGCACAUCAAGUUUGAACACAAUAUGUGGCACUAUUUAUACUUCAUCGUUCUGAUCAAAGUCAAGGACCCAACUGAAUACACGGGACCUGAGAGCUACGUUGCACAAAUGAUACGGGAGAACAACUUGGAUUGGUUUCCUCGGAUGCGCGCCAUAUCGUUGGUCAGCAAUGAAGGGGACAGUGAGCAGAACGAGAUCAGGAGUUUACAGGAUAAGUUGGAUACCACCAUGUAUCUGGUGGAACAACUGUCAGGACAACUUUCAGAACUGAAAGAACAGAUGACGGAGCAAAGGAAGAACAAGCAGCGCCUGGGCUUCCUGGGGUCCAGUACGACACAGGUCAACCACCAGGACACCACACACUGAAGACCCCCGCAUUCUGGACCUCGCUCCACUGGCCUGGGCUGGGCUGGGCUGGGCACCACUGACUUACGCUGGCUAUUGACACCACGUUUUGGACCACGGGAUGGAAGCCAUCGAGAAAGACUCGCCAAUGGCCAAAGACUUGCUUUCACAUCCACGCUAGGGGUGUCCAUCGUAAGACCAGCCUACGCUCCAUUCUAUCCGCACUAACAUGCAUGGACGUGCUACGUAAUGUGUCCAUCAAUUAUCACCUUGGUGACUCAUGGCUGAUUACAAGAUGGCUGCUGAUUUUCAUUUUAACUUCCAUUUCAUUCAUUUGGAGAGGUGUAGGCAUUUAAUUCCAUCCCUUGAGGAGAUAGGUAGCAGUGGACAUCUUCAUGUUUAGGCGGGAUUCUGAGGCGGAGGCAUUCACGCGUGACCCCGCCAAUGGUGUUGGCUCCUCGGCCAAGCGCAUGGACCAAACGGCCAAACCCGCUGCCCCUCUCCUCCUGAGAUGCAUCGCCGCUGCUGCGACCCAACCACAUGUUGGAGUCGGGGGGCGGCACGGUGGCGCAGCGGUAGAGUUGCUGCCCCACAGCGCCAGGGACCCAGGUUCCAUCCUCAUUUCAGAUGCUGUCUCUGUGAAGUUGGUGCGUUCUCCCCAUGACCUGCGUGGGUUUCCCCCGGGAUCUCCGCUUUCCUCACCACACUCCAAAGACCUCCAGAUUUGUAGCAUAAUUGGCUUGGUAAAAAAUUGUAAAUUGUCCCAAAUGUGUGUAGGAUUGUGUAAGUGUGUGGGGAUCCCUGGUCAGCACGGACUCGGUGGGCCGAAGGGCCUGUUUCCACUCUAUAGCUCUAAACUAAAAGACGUAUGCAGUCAGGGUUAUAGUAAGGGCGAUAUGGAGAUGGUCUAGACAUUCUCUCAUUGGAGAUGGUCGCGGUCUAUACAUGUUUGGAUUCUCACCUUGAGUGAUUUGAAGGUUGUCUCCGACUUCUCAACCCAGGUCCCAAUAUCAUCCGAGUCUUGCUGUGGUCAGCAAUGGAUUGCCUCGUUCCUUGAUUCCUCGUCCAGCAGCUGAAGAUAGGAGAGAUGCGGAUGUUGCCCAGAGGACAUCCUACCAUGUUGUCCUGGGGCUACAAUGAAUAGUCUUCCCUUUCCUUUACACUGGCAAUGCCCAUGACCACUGCAGGACUCCCUCUCAUCACCAUUGGCCUCAGCUUUACAGUGUUCAGCUGAAGUUGGCCACGUACUGCCCCAGAGCUUGCAAUAGAACAUGGAAAAGUACAGCACAGGAACAGGCCCUUCAGCCCACAAUGCCUGUGCCGAACAUGAUGCCAAUAUCAAUUCUUUACCUGCGUGUUAUCUACAUUCUGCCAUUCCCUGCCUGUCCAAAAGUCAUCUAAACGCCACUAUCGUACAUCUGCCUCCACCACCACCUCUAGCAGCACAUUCCAGGCACUCACCACCCUCUGUGUAAAGAAACUAGCCCAGUGCAUCACAUUUAAAUGUUGCCUCUCUCACCUUAAAGCCAUGCCCUCUAGUGUUGGACAAUUCCACCCUGGGGGGGUAAGGCCUCCUAUCUCAGCCUAAUUUUAUAUACUUCUAUCGGGUCUCCCCGCAGCCUCCGGCACUCCACGGCCUUGUCCAGGCCUCCACAUCCUUCCAGGGCAAAGAUGGCCAAAUGGGAUUAAAAGGGAGAUGACGCCCGGCAACCUGCCCCCAUCCUCUCCCUCCUUGCCGCGCCCAGACUCAUCCUCCAUCUUGGAUGGAGUACCAGCCCCGACUCUCCCGGGGGAGGGAGGCCCGCCCAGCCCGGUCCCUGCUCGUCGCCAAAGAGGGGGAGGAAGUGGAGGGAGUUAGUGGCGGACACUGGACAACUUGAGUCCCGGUAAGAAGAACCGUGGUCGUCCGACCUUCCGCGCCCUUUGGGGUCGGCUGCGGGAGGAGCCUCCUGGGAACAAGGGCUGAAGAUGGCCGGGCGCGGAGAGGGCCGACGGUCCACGGGACGAGCGGGAUGGAGGUGACGGCUGCAACGGGCCUUUGCAGCGGCAGCUGGGACUGCAAAAUGGCGCUCGAAUGGCCUGAGUGGACUGUUCUGUACUAACCGGGGGAUUGUGCUGACUUGCGUAUGAUGAUUUGUACGCAAGAGAGGAUAUUUCACCGCACAUCGGUACACAAGAUAAUAAAGAAACCAUGGAACCUGUAAAGGGUUUAGUUCAAGAAGGAACUGCAGAUGCUGGAAAAUCGAAGGUAGACAAAAGUGCUGGAGAAGAAACUCAGUGGUUGCAGCAGCAUCUGUGGAGCGAAGGAAAUAUUUCCUUUGCUCCAUAGAUGCUGCUGCACCCGCUGAGUUUCUCCAGCACUUUUGUCUUCCAAGGGUUUAGUUUAGUUUAUUGUCACGUGUACCGAGAUUCAGUGAAAAGCUUUUGUUGCGCGCUAAUCCACUCAGUGGAAAGACAAUACAUGAUUACAAUCGAGCCAUCCACAGUGUACAGAUUCAUGAUAAAGGAGAUAAGAUUUAGUACAAGAUAAAGUCCGAUUAAAGAUAGUUUGAGGGUCUCCAAUGUGGUAGAUCAGUUCAGGACUGCUCUCUAGUUGUUGAUAGGAUGGUUCAGUUGCCUGAUACCAGCUGUGGAAAAACUGUCCCAGAAUCUGGAGGUGUGCGUUUUCUCUUUUCUAUAUCUUUUCCCGAUGGGAGAGGGGAGAAGAGGGAGUGGCCGGGGUGAGACUGGUCAUUGAUGAUGCUGCUGGCCUUGCCCCAGGUGUAGAUGGAGUCAAUGGAAGAGAGGUUGGUUUGUGUGAUGGUCUGGGCUGCGUCCACAAUUUCCUGCGGUCUUGGAUGGAGCUAACCAUGCCGUGAUGCAUCCCGGAGAAAAUGCCUUCCACGGGCGACCAGAACUGCGCACAAUGCUCCAAAUGUGGCCUAACUCCCACGAAGCUGCAUCACGACUUUCUGACUCUUGUGAUGUGGUCUUUACUAAGAGCCGCGCUUCCACGAGCAGGUACCUGAGAGACGUUGAUUUUGUGCUGCAUCUCUCUGCAACUGCACUGGGUAAGGAUGGCAACGUUGGUGGUGAUUAUCUAAGCAGCUAGUGGAGCCAUCGCUGUCGAGCCAUGACCGGGACUAUGGUUGUCAAUGGCCGUGCUGGCGGUCAACCUGCCCGAACCUUGUGUCGGGCAAGUUCUACUCCAAGUUGUCCCCCAUGUUCUGGGCACAUCUGGGGCUGCACCUGACACAAUCGGAUCCCUCUUUGUUCUCGGCCCCACCACCACCGCCACGACCACACGUCAUAUCUCCUUAUUCUCAGUGCCCCCACGCCGGGUCCAUGUUUGCUUUCAGCCGCACGUCUGCCGUUCUGCUCUGCCUGCUUGGAGCGAUUUGCUGGAAGGUCAAUUGGCCAUUGUUGGUGUGAGAAAAUGGAUCAAGAGGGAGUUGAUAUCCAGGCAAGGAUGGGAUGGAUGG